AUGUCCACACAAGCCGCGCGGAGCAUCCUGUUCACGCACACCUCCCCGCAGCAGGGGUUCAAGCUCCUCGAGCUGCCCCCGGAACUGGUCGAAGCCCUCUCGUCCAAGGAGCCACCGACGAUAGAAUUCAAAUCACCGGCCCCGUCAUACGACACCGCCGCCCUCGACGCAGAAGUCUCCUCCCGCGACUUCGUCAAUCUCUGCACCCCAACGCACACCUACCAGGUGCGUCAGGUGCAGUCCUCGAACUCGAUCCACAUUAUCCGCCCCAGCAACGACGACAGCGGCGUCCAGCGCGGCGACAUCAACAUCGUCGUCGCCGGCGAGCAGGAUGACGACCUCAACCUCGUCGAGACCAUGACCGCUAUCGCGAAGUGCGCGUCCACGCUGGAGCUGCAUGUGCCGCCUGGCGGUUUCUCGGCCGUGCCGUUUCUCGAGCGCAUGCUGCGCGUGUACGAUGAGGGGAGUGAGAUGGGGCUAGGCGAGACACCCGGGUAUGAUGCGCAGCAGCGGGUCAUCCGCGCGGUGUUUCGCGAUGUGCCCGUGGCGAUGGCGCUGUGUGAGCGUGACUGGGUGGAGAUCUGUGCGUUUGUGUUGCGUGGUGGUGGUGAGGGGCCAGGGGAGUGUCGACGGCCGUCGGCGCGGGCGAGGCUGCAGGUGUGGAAGAGGGUGGUGGAGGGGGCGGUGCUCCAGGGGAUUGAUCUGGGAAGUCAGUUCCUGGUGUCGGAUUUGUGGAGAGCGGUGCUUGAUGAGGAUGGGGAGGCGCCGUUUCCGCGGCCGCUGUUUGAUGCGGUUGUGCGGAGGGUGUGUGAAGGGGAAGAUGCUGGAGUGGGGAGGUUGUUUGGCGAGUUUGAGAUGAAGUGGGCGAGUAUCGACAAGGACGGCUGCGUCAGAUGGGUCGGCGAGACGUAUCUAGAGGCCAUGGCGCCGUCGUCGGCCGCGUCACUCGGGAGAAGCGAGUAUCUUAAUGCGUGGAAGGACCAUCUGCCCGAGUCCUGGACGGGCGAUGUCGCCUUGUCCAAGUUGCCAGAAAGCUCAUACAAGUACCCUGACCCGACGACGAUUUGCUUCGUCAACGAGGUCGACCGGCAGAAGUUGAAAAAGAACGUUCCGCCGGCCUCACAAUGCUUGAUUACCGCCUCUAUGAUUUUUGACUCGUUCUAA